AUUUAAUUUUUUUAUUUUUUUGAUUUUAGGGUUUUAACCUUUUUAGUUAAAGUUAUCUUCUUUUCGCUGUUUUUACUGUUUUCAAUGCCUCUGCUGAUCUUUGUAUUUCAAAAAUAUGAGUUGAAGUUGAUGGACGAGUAUGCCCAUGAGGUUAUUCGUUUCAUAUGUAAGUCAUUAUCAAAUUUAGAUGAGAACCAAUUUGUGCAAAGUGGAGCAGUGGAAGCAACCUAUCUGGCCAUCGAGAAUGACAUCCCUGAGAUUGUAAUUGAAUUGUUAAAAAGACCAAAUCCUAGUAUAUUAUGGAGCAAUCCAGAUCCCGAAGAUUCAAGAAACAUGUUUGCACAUGCUGUAGCACAUCGUCAAGAGAAAGUCGCGCGCUUUCUUUAUGAUGCAUUUGGUGAAAGCAAGGAUACAAAUAUGGUUACUGCCACCGAUCAAGAUCAGAACAAUUUAUUACAUAUAGCUGCACGAUUAGCUCCUCAUUCUCAACUAGACCACUACUCCGGUGCAGUUUUCCAGUUGCAAAAUGAACUACACUGGUUCAAGUCAGUGGAAAGCAUUGCUCCACAGCUCAACAAACAGAAAAAUAAAGAUGGUGAAACUCCUACCCAAGUAUUUCAUAAAGAGCACAAGAAUUUGGUAAAAGAAGCCGAAGGAUGGAUGAAAAAAAUGGCACAAUCUUGUAACGUCGUAGGUGCUCUCGUUAUCACAAUUAUGUUUGCUGCGCUUUUUACCAUUCCUGGUGGAAACGAUGACAAAACAGGCCGCCCGAAAUUGUUAAAAAAAUCCGAUGCUAAAACAGCGUCUGCCCAAGCAUGCAUGGUAUUUUUAGUAUCAGAUGCAAUUUCUCUUUUCGCUGCAUCCAGCUCAGUGCUAAUGUUUAUGGGGAUUCUCACUGCUCGUUAUGCUUGUCAAGAUUUCCAUAAUUCGUUACCCUUUAAGUUGAUUUGUGGCCUUUCUUUGCUCUUCAUUUCUAUUGCAGCAAUGAUGGUAGCAUUUUGUGCUACUCUUUACAUGAUGCUACAAAAGGAAAUGGAGUCAUCCAUGUCAAUAAUAUUUCUUGGCGCCGCUGUUCCUGUCACUUCGUUUAUAUUGCUGCAAUAUCCUAUUUUUGUUGAGAUUUAUGGCUCAACCCUUCGCCGAUCCAUCUUUAAUAGGAGAAGAUACUGGGCAGACGGAAAGAAUGUAUGCUCAGGUUUCAAUAGGAGAUGGUGGGUCAAAAUGGGGAGAGGAUCGCUGUUUGUGACAUUCUGUGCUCUUUUUUUUCUUUAUUUGAUUUCGUUUAAUGUAUUUGUUACAAAAUUGUACUGGCCGUAUUCAUAGGUUUAAUUGAUCAGAUGACUGUAUUAUAAAGAUAGACAUUUGUAAUAAAUUUAAAUGCCUCCCUUGCUCUAUUAACAGAGGAUGCAUCCUUAUU